GGGGAUAUCCGACCGUCAAGGGCAAAAACGUCAAAAACCUACGCUUCGCCGAUGAUAUUGUCUUGAUAUCUAGUAUGUAGUACUGAUGAAAAAAUAGUUCCCUACGCUGCUCUAUUAUACCUGUUUACAAAUGAAAACUCGAUUAUUAACUCUUACUCAAGAAAUUUCAUCGGUCACAUACCACAACAAAUCGCAAACGUGCUGCUUUACUUGAGUCACAAAAAGAACGUCAGACCUGUCUCGAAAUCCCGAUAUGCGAAGCUAUACGGCUACCUCCCGAGUCAGACCCCCCUGACUAAGCCAGCUUCGUUUGGAGCCGAUUACUGGUGA